GCGUACCGCGCGCUCUGUUUCCGGGGCGCGGGUGACACGGAGCCCGCAACUUCUUCCUGCCGCGCAGCUUCGGACGCCUGCGGUCCUUCGCCUGCGGCUGCGGUUUCCGUCCCUUCUCUUCCCAGCCCUCGUCGGCGGCGGCGCCAUGAAUAAGAAGAAGAAGCCGUUCCUGGGCAUGCCCGCGCCGCUCGGCUACGUGCCGGGGCUGGGCCGAGGCGCCACUGGCUUCACCACCCGGUCAGACAUCGGGCCUGCCCGGGAUGCCAACGAUCCUGUGGAUGACCGCCACGCGCCGCCGGGCAAGAGGACCGUCGGGGACCAGAUGAAGAAGAGCCAGGCUGCGGAUGACGAUGAUGAGGAUCUGAAUGACACCAACUACGAUGAGUUUAAUGGCUAUGCAGGGAGCCUCUUCUCAAGCGGGCUCUAUGAAAAGGAUGACGAGGAAGCGGAUGCUAUUUAUGCAGCUCUGGAUAAAAGGAUGGACGAAAGAAGAAAAGAAAGAAGGGAGCAAAGGGAGAAAGAAGAAAUUGAAAAGUCUAUGGAACGCCCCAAAAUCCAACAACAGUUCUCAGAUCUCAAAAGGAAGUUGGCAGAAGUCACAAAGGAAGAGUGGCUGAGCAUCCCUGAGGUUGGUGACACCAGGAACAAACGCCAGCGGAACCCACGCUACGAGAAACUGACCCCUGUUCCCGACAGCUUCUUCGCCAAACAUUUGCAGACUGGAGAGAACCAUACCUCCGUGGACCCCCGGCAAACUCAAUUUGGAGGUCUUAACACACCCUAUCCUGGUGGACUGAACACUCCAUACCCAGGUGGAAUGACACCUGGAUUGAUGACACCUGGCACAGGUGAGCUAGACAUGAGGAAGAUUGGCCAAGCAAGGAACACGCUGAUGGACAUGAGGCUGAGCCAGGUGUCUGACUCUGUGAGUGGGCAGACUGUAGUCGACCCCAAAGGCUAUCUGACAGAUUUAAAUUCCAUGAUCCCGACCCAUGGAGGGGACAUCAAUGACAUCAAAAAGGCACGACUGCUCCUCAAGUCUGUUCGGGAGACAAACCCGCACCACCCACCAGCCUGGAUUGCAUCUGCCCGCCUGGAAGAAGUCACCGGGAAGCUGCAAGUCGCUCGAAACCUUAUCAUGAAGGGGACGGAGAUGUGCCCCAAGAGUGAAGAUGUCUGGUUGGAAGCAGCCAGGUUGCAACCUGGGGACACUGCCAAGGCCGUGGUGGCCCAAGCUGUCCGUCACCUCCCACAGUCUGUUAGGAUUUACAUCAGAGCAGCAGAGCUGGAAACAGACAUUCGUGCCAAAAAGCGGGUUCUUCGUAAAGCCCUGGAGCAUGUACCCAAUUCUGUUCGCUUAUGGAAGGCAGCGGUUGAGCUGGAAGAGCCUGAAGAUGCUAGAAUCAUGCUCAGCCGAGCCGUGGAGUGCUGCCCCACCAGUGUGGAGCUGUGGCUCGCUCUGGCAAGGUUGGAGACCUAUGAAAAUUCCCACAAGGUCUUGAACAAGGCCCGUGAGAACAUCCCCACAGACCGGCACAUCUGGGUCACGGCUGCCAAGCUGGAGGAAGCCAACGGGAACACACAGAUGGUGGAGAAGAUCAUUGACCGGGCCAUCACCUCCCUGCGGGCCAACGGUGUGGAGAUCAACCGUGAGCAGUGGAUCCAGGAUGCUGAGGAGUGUGACAAGGCAGGCAGUGUGGCCACCUGCCAGGCGGUCAUGCGAGCUGUGAUUGGCAUUGGGAUUGAGGAGGACCGGAAGCACACCUGGAUGGAAGAUGCCGACAGUUGUGUGGCCCACAAUGCCCUGGAGUGCGCACGAGCCAUCUAUGCCUAUGCGCUGCAGGUGUUCCCCAGCAAGAAGAGUGUGUGGCUGCGAGCCGCCUACUUUGAGAAGAACCAUGGCACCAGGGAGUCCCUGGAAGCGCUUCUGCAGAGGGCCGUGGCCCAUUGCCCCAAAGCGGAGGUGCUGUGGCUCAUGGGUGCCAAGUCCAAGUGGCUGGCAGGCGACGUGCCUGCGGCAAGGAGCAUCCUGGCUCUGGCCUUCCAGGCCAACCCCAACAGUGAGGAGAUCUGGCUGGCGGGUAAGUUGGAAUCGGAGAACAACGAGUAUGAACGGGCCCGGCGGCUGCUGGCCAAGGCUCGGAGCAGCGCACCCACUGCCCGGGUGUUCAUGAAGUCUGUGAAGCUGGAAUGGGUGCUGGGGAACAUUGAGGCCGCCCAGGAGCUGUGCGAGGAGGCCCUGAAGCACUACGAGGACUUCCCCAAACUGUGGAUGAUGAAGGGGCAGAUUGAGGAGCAGGAGGAGCAGACGGACAAGGCUCGAGAGGCCUACAGCCAGGGGCUGAAGAAAUGUCCCCACUCCACACCCCUGUGGCUUUUGCUUUCCCGGCUAGAGGAGAAGAUCGGGCAGCUGACCCGAGCUCGGGCCAUUUUGGAAAAGUCUCGCCUGAAGAACCCGAAGAACCCCGGGCUGUGGUUGGAGUCCGUGAGGCUGGAGUACCGUGCGGGGCUAAAGAACAUCGCCAACACGCUCAUGGCCAAGGCGCUGCAGGAGUGCCCCAGCUCCGGUGUCCUGUGGUCUGAAGCCAUCUUCCUGGAGGCCAGGCCCCAGAGGAAGACCAAGAGUGUUGAUGCCCUGAAGAAAUGCGAGCACGACCCCCAUGUGCUCCUGGCCGUGGCCAAGCUGUUCUGGAGUGAGCGGAAGAUCACCAAGGCCAGGUGGUUCCACCGCACCGUGAAGAUCGACUCCGACCUGGGGGAUGCCUGGGCCCUCUUCUACAAGUUUGAGCUGCAGCACGGCACAGAGGAGCAGCGGGAGGAGGUGAGGAGGCGCUGCGAGAACGCCGAGCCACGGCACGGGGAGCUGUGGUGCGCCGUGUCCAAGGACAUCGCCAACUGGCAGAGGAAGAUCGGGGAGAUCCUCGUGCUGGUGGCAGCCCGCAUCAAGAACACCUUUUGACUGGGCGGUCCCUCUGGGCCAGGGUCUUGGGGCGGGUGGGCCAGUGUGCCUGCUGCCAUGUGAGGACGGGGGGAGGGGCCCAAGCAGUUUCUGCUCUGGAAUUAAAGUUUUUCUAGGUAGCGUG